ACAUCGACGAGCACUGUCACCAUCGUACUUAUGCAGCUGGGCAUGACACACUCCUCGUUCUUCAAGCUGGGUCGAUAGAAUGUUACAUUAUCGAUAGGGACACGUUUCGGCGGUUCCGGAUUUCAUUGGUGCAGUACUAGUACGUAGCUUGGCCGAUCGGGUGCUCAGGGUUGGAAGGUCACUGCGAGUGUGUUGCAUGGUUAUGAGGGCCCUUCCCCCCACCGCUCGGUCUGUGCUAGGGAUGGACCUCGCCAUCAUAGUGAGCGCCGUUAAGCACCUUGAACACGUUGCCAGUACCUGUGUCGAGGACUUCAGGACAUUGAGACAAGUGCGCGGGCUUCUAUAUGGUCCGCUGUCAUCUGAUGUCAGAUAACAGAGGCGCGCGCACCUGAGCGAUGUCCUUGCAGGAUCAUCCCCGACUUCACAGAUGGACCCCUUCUCCACCGCCGCUGCUGGGCUGGACGUUCUCGGUCUCGUCAUCAAGACACUCCAAGAACUCUUCCUCUAUGUCAAAUCUGUCAAGAAUGCCCCGAGUGCCGUGCAGAAGCUCCAGGAGGAGUUGGUCACCACGCAGGGAACGUUCAAGUUUGCAGAGCACACGUUCACUUCUCUGCAGCGGCAGCGGCUCUCUGAACACGCCUUGGGCGUGCUAACGCGUUUCGUCGCGUCCGAUGGUCCCCUGAAGCAGAGCUUGAAGGAGCUGGAGGCUUUGGACACUCGGCUAUCCAACGCCUUGAAUGCGAAAGGGAGGUUGCGAAGAUGGUUCAAGCGUUUGAAGUGGCCCUUGAGUGAGCGGGAGACAGACGAUAUCAACAAGCUCUUGGCAAAGACUACCACGGAACUCAACACUACAUUACAACUGGUCCUAGCCGAGCAGGUUUCGCACAUCCAUGUUCACACGCAAGAGACGCGACAUACUGUCCGUGACAUCAGGGAGGAGCAAAGACGAGUGGAGGUGCAGGCUCUGCGGCGUGGAGAGGAGCAUACAUAUGAGUCUCUGCUGGCGUGGCUGUCUCCGAUGGACUCAGAGGAGAAAUAUCGGCGAUCGCUCAACCUCCGUGUGAAAGGAAGCGGUCAGUGGGUGUUGAGACAUGCGACGUUCAAGUCAUGGUAUAAUUCCGUCAGCUCGAUUCUAUGGAUUAACGGCAAUCCCGGAAGUGGGAAGACAAUACUCGUCUCGUCAGUCAUCAAAGGAAUCCUCAAGUUCGAGGAGCCAGACGAAGCAUUGGCCUUCCACUUCUGUGACUUCAGCGAUGCUGUGACCACCGAUCCUGUCGAGGUAUUACGCGCUCUUCUCGCACAGCUUAUCCAAUCUGGAGGCGUCGGUCGUCUUUCUAAAAUCCCCGAACUCGUGGCACAAAUGAAAGAGAGAAAGCUACCUCCUGCCAGUGUCCACGACCUAGAUUUGCUACUCAAAGCUACUGCGGAUGGCCGCAAGAUCAUCAUCGUCCUGGACGCGUUAGAUGAAUGCCCGAACCCUUCCAAGAAAACAUUGCUGGACUGCUUAUCCCGGCUCGUACUCCAUGAGACAGCACACAUUCGCCUUCUUCUAAGCAGUCGUAAGCACGAGGACAUAGCCAACGCCCUUCGCGGGUGUUUGUCCAUCUGCCUGGAAGACAUUCAAGAGUCUCGCCAUCAUCUUCGCGACAUGGAAUUAUAUAUCGACGAUGCUCUGCGUACGAGAGAUCGCUUAUCGGACCUACCCCUCCAUGAAAAGGUGCGAGUAAAGGAUAGCCUGUUAAAUGGGGCGGAUGGAAUGUUUCGCUGGAUCGAUUGUCAAUUCGACAUGCUGUGCCGGCGUGGCUGGACGGUCGGAGGGAUUGCGCAGGUACUGUCUUCGCUACCACAUGGCUUGGAGUCGACGUACGAGCGGAUCUUCAGCGAGGUCGAGCGCAACGGAGAAGACGCCUUGAUGGUUGUUAACCGGGCGUUGAUGUGGCUCAUCACAACAUUGCGCCCAUUGACGGAAAACGAAAUCCUCGAGGCGUUGAUGAUAGAGAAGGGGAGGCCUACGUUGAACCAGAGUCAGCGACUAUGGCGGCCAGACGACCUCCUCUAUCUGUGCAGCAGUCUGGUAUACGUCGAACCGACUACGGGAUGCAUCAAACUGUCGCAUUACUCCGUCCGAGAAUUUAUCCUAUACAGUUCGCGCGCUCGGAGAUUCUUGCACAUGCACAACUCGGACCUCUCAGCUGUUCGGUCAGAGACAUCAAAGCUGAUGCUCACCUACCUCAUGAUCAACGACUUCAAGGAUGCGCCAAUAAAUGUUGAGCAUCAAGCGACAGCCUCGAUAGUAGGCGGACACACUCUGGAAAAGAAACGGGACCAGGAAAGCAUAUUGGAAGAGCACCCGUUCGCCCUGUACGCGGCCCCGUGGUGGUCCGACCAUCUGAGUAGGAUAGACAGACUUGACGAUGAAUUGCUUCGGCUGGCCGUAGCGUUCGUGGCAAAACCAUCGUAUCGUCGCAAGCCCCAUAAUUGGCUCAGGCACCAUUACAAGGAGUUGAAGGCACUCUUCUCCUAUGGUCUGGACGUCGCCCGUCGCAUUACUGAUCAGAAUGCCGCGCUCUUGAACGAAGACAUCACGCUCAACGGCACACCACUGAUCAACGCCAUAUCGCGCUCUGACAAGGACAUGGUUGUCCGUCUGCUUGAGGCCGGUGCGGAUCCCGACCGUAUCUCCAGCUCGCCGUUCGCCCAAGGAGGAGCGUAUCUUCCCACUACUCCCCUGUGGUUCGCCCUUCGAACGGAGGACAGCGAUCUCGUCCAGCUGCUAUUGAACCACAAUGCCACCGUUCACUGGAUUGGAAGCCCGGAAUUCGACGCGGUACUCCUUCGGGAGGUUGCUAACCAUGAGGCUGAGGAGAGGAAGCGGAGGUCCAUGCAAGGCCUUCCCGUCCAUGUACAGUCCGACUCUACACAUCGUGAACACGAAUCACACCCGCGGAUCGGCGGCAACACAGACUUGACGAUUCGCGCGACUCCAGGCGGUGCGGUGGUGCCCUACGUCGCGCGCCCAGACGCACUGUUCGUGGAAACGAUGCGACUCGUGAUGGACGCGGCACACGACGAGAAUGGCGAAGACGUUCUCGGACUGACCGCUCUCCAGGUUGCGUGCAUGCUGCGCAGCACGGACAUGGUCGUGUGUCUCCUGCAGCAUGGCGCCGACGUCGGUGAACUGUGCGAGCCGUGGCUCGCCCACUCGGACCUUCAAUGGGCUGCAUCCCAGUGGUGGUGUCCUGAGCAUCUACGUCAUGGGGCGCAGAAGCUCAGUGGUAUGGGUAUCGCGCUCGCGGCCAACGGAGUUUCCCCAUUCGACGGGAUCAGUAAUUCAACGCCCGAAACCACCUCUGUGGCGAGCGAAGCUAGCUCGGAGGAUGAAGAACCUCGCUACAUUUUCAACGACCCCCUAUAUGCUUCCGCCGUGGCCUUGUCCGACUCGCUGAAUAUGACGAUGAACUGGUACUUACUAGACGAAUGCGAAUCGGAGCCCUAUCCAGAAUCCUUCCGGCUGACCCCUCUGCAAAUCGCAUGCAAGUUACGCGACGGGCCUAUGGCGAGGCGCCUGCUUGCGGAGGGCGCUGGGAUUAGGGAAGCCCGCGAGCCUUGGUUAUCCGAAGCCGAUGCGGACUGGGUCCGGGAGCAACAUUGGUGGAAGACACGCAGCGCCUCGAAGCGCAGCAACAAUGACAGUUCUGCCAACAACGGCGAUUACAUUCCUCGAGACGAGAGAGACGUCAUCGACACGGUUGUGUUGUUGGAGAAGGGCUGGCACUUACCUGCAGAAGUCGUUCGAUACGUUCUGGAUCUAGCGGAAUACUGGCUGCGGACGUCCGUCACCCGCUCAGACUGUGUCUUGGUAGAGCGCAGCGCUGCUGAACAGCCUUACCUCACACUGAAACUACCAACGCAAGCAGCAAGGAUUCGGCGACCGCUGCGUAGGGUAGUGUUCGAGUGAUGGACGCCGUUUCGUCUGUAGGCGGGGCGCUGGUCGACUGCAAGGGCUCCCACUUUAGAAUGUUGUUCAAGGCAGGAGGAGGCGGAUGGCCUUACGCUGUGAAUGCGAGUCGGAGGCCUGUCUUCAUACGCGGGCUCAAACCUGGCAGCAAUGUUCACGUUACAGUUUGGGAUCUGCAUGAUGAGUCAGCUAGAAUGAAGCGAGUCAGGCGAUGGAUGCGGGAGUUCUUCCCUGGAUCUGAGUUAUCACUAUUUACGAGGGCACAGAAGAACCAUUCGUGGGGU